CUCGUACUCUUCACUGUCCAGUCUCCUCCUCUACCCACGUUAACUGUCCUAGCUUACCACUCUUUGCCUCCCCUUUUUUAAGUUCAAAACACACAAGCCCUCUCCUCCCGUCUUUACAAUCCAAGAAUCUCUCAAAACCCCCUCCCCCUCAACUCCACAGUCCACCCCCAACCAAAACAGAAAAUUGUUUUGAAAAAUGUUUAAUUUCAUUGAUAUCGAAUCAUUAAAACAGAAAGUUUUAAUAAGAUGAGAUCCCCUCUCGACGGCCACAAAACUAGCACUACAAAGGGUACUCUUCUUGCAAAGAAAGCGAGGAAAGCUCGCCGGAAAAGGCUGCAGAUUAGGCGAAUGAUGACCGCCGGCUUGAAACCGCCCUUGCAUUUUAGCGAGGACAAGGAUGCAUGCGGCUGCGCCAGAAAGAGAAGCUUUGAUUACAAGGUGGCAACCUCCAAGUCCAACGAGGCACCGGCAGACGAAGAUGUUUCCCUGAAGGACAAGAAGUUGAAAGGGGCUGCCGGAAACAGGAGCGGUGACACGGGUUUUUCAGGUUCUGCAUCAGAAGAGAGCACUGCUCCUGGUGAUGGAGAUGAUCUACCGGAGGGAGAAGUUGGUGAAAAAGAGGGAGCGGCGGGCGAAGUGGAAGAUCGCGGUAGCAUGACCCGGUUAAUUUGCGGAUCGGUAUCGGUUAUCGGGCGCAGGAGGGUAAUGGAGGAUGCAUUGACUGUGGCGCCUGGGAUAGUGGCCGGACAGUACGAAUUCUUCGCAGUGUACGAUGGUCACGGCGGGGCAAGGGUGGCCAAUGCAUGCCGUGACCGCAUGCACCAUUUGGUCGAAAAAGAGCUCCAAGCAAACACGAGGGACAAAGUAUUAUCGUCGGAAAAUGAAAGUGGAGUUGAUUGGAGCCAAGUGAUGACGGCGUGUUUCUUGAGAAUGGAUGAGCAGGUGGUGGGGGUGAGGGGUUUGGAAGUAGGGGAGGCGGAGAGGGCGGUGGGGUCAACGGCGGUGGUGGUAAUGGUGGGGCCAGAGGAGUUGGUGGUGGCAAAUUGUGGGGACUCAAGGGCGGUACUGUGUCGUGGCGGAAGAGCGAUGGCGCUGUCGAAUGAUCAUAAGCCUGACAGGCCUGAUGAGAAGGAGAGGGUGGAAGCUGCAGGUGGAAGGAUCAUCGAUUGGGACGGUUGCCGUGUACAGGGAGUCCUUGCUACUUCAAGAUCGAUAGGCGAUCACUAUCUGAAGCCCUACGUGAUCUCGGAGCCAGAGGUCAAAGUAUGCAAGAGAACAGAGUCGGACGACUUCCUCAUCAUUGCGACUGAUGGCGUGUGGGAUGUGGUGCCCAAUGACGUUGCCUGUGAAGUAGUGAGGAGGUGUCUGAAUGGCCAGAUUAGCAAAAGGUUGUCGAAGGAACCUGGUGCUGCGGAAGCUGCAGCAAUUUUGGCUGAGCUAGCUAUUGCUAAAGGAAGCAGAGACAACAUAAGCAUAAUCGUAGUUGAUCUCAAGCAACCAACCGAGCAGCAAAGCUUCCACUAGUUGAUUGUACUUACUCGUGUUAAUGUCAUUUCUGCUUCCCCCCACC